AUGCGUGGAGCUGGUAUGGAGAAAUGGUUGAGAACUGGCAGGGAAAUUCUUUUUUGGGUGUUUGCACCGUUAGCAAAAAGAGUAGCGAUUGACGCGGAAUCCACCAUAUCGGACGGCCCCGCACCGCUGGGCUCUUUGACCUUCCUCAUCACACCGGCCGUCAUCGCAUCGCCAACCAGCCAAUCCCUCCCAUCGCCUGCGCGAUUUACCAUUGCCGUGUGA